AGGUUAUAAAUAGCCAGGUGAGUUUAAAAAAAGAAAGAAAAUAAAGUUUUAGUGCCCUUGCGUGGACGUGAGGAAGCAGGACUAACCGGAGCUGUGCGCUUCAGUCUCGCUCGCCAUGCGCAGGAACAGCGGUGUAGUGGUGGCAGGUAACGGAAGGCUCGAGCUGCCUGCCUCCUCUUCUUCAUCCUCCUCCUCCUCGUCUUCCUCUCGGUCCCGCGUGCUGGACUCGGUGUCACGCCGACGGUCAUCCUCCAGCAUUACCUGCGCAGUGUCCUCGUCUGCGCCACCGGCGCUCGUGUUGUCCGCGCGCCCGAGUCCGUCUCUCCCCGCCGUGGCGCUGCGCUCGCUGCUGGCUGUGGAUGUGUGGGUCUCCAGGAGGAUGGCGCUGUGCGCCGGGAAGGAGGCUCCUCUGGGUGGCAUGAGGCCGCUGGUGAAGCUGGUGGAGUUCACCGGACACGCAGCGCUGUGGCUCGCCAUCACCUUUUACCUUUUCAUCUGCAGUAAAAACGCGGAGGAGCAAGAAGUCAUGAUCAACCUGUUCCUGGCGCUAUUGCUAGACCACGUUGUGGUCAGAAUAGUGAAGCGUGCAGUGAGUUUUCAUCACUUGGAGUGGUUUGCCACUUUACUUCCUCAGCCUGGCUCCUUCCCUUCAGGCCACACUACCCGGGUUGCCAUGUGUGCCCGUUUCCUGCACGCUCGCCUGCUUUCAGACUGCCCCAUGAGGUUUGUGGUGCUCUUCUGGACGCUCCUGCUGGCUCUGACACAGGUUCUACUCGGCCAGCACAACGUGAGCGGGGUUCUCUUCGCUUUGACCAUGGGCUCCUGUCACUACAGCGUCGUGGAGACGUGCUGGCUGUCUGUGGAGAGACUGCAGGAUGUCCUGAUCGCUGCCCUGGGGAGACAUGUCACUCAGAGAGGCUAAGAGAGACAUGAGCAUUUUCAGAUACCAUCGAUAAACACACACACACACACAAAGCGUGGCAUCAAAUGAUAUUGUUAAUAUAUGAUAUUGUGAUAUUGUUUAAUGAUAUAAACUGAGUAAUAAUCUUUGUACAGUAUGUGAAUGUGGACACAUCAAUCCCAGGCCUGGAACAAACCAUGGAAUGACACCUAUUCUAGCUAAACCUUUUUUCAUUUCUUUUCUUUCCUUUUUCGUAGUAUCUUGGCAAACUCACACAGAUUAAACUAACAGUGAGUCUAGUAUCACAAACAAUGUGUUUCUUUCUCUCCAUAGUGUUGUGUGUAUGCUGUUCUGUUAUCCUACGCUGUCCUCCGAUUGGCUGUCAGGUGUAAAUUCAACAAAUUUAAACUUGAGAGAAAAAGGUGUAAACAAACCCACGGUCACUCACGGGCAGAGUUAUGAAUUGAAGCCGAUCACAUUAGCAGCUACUUGUAUGUAAAAUGUAUGCAAAUUCACAAGGAAAACAUUUUAUAGACCAGGAACCAUUUCCCCAGUGAACUGGAUUUCCGUCAACGCCACACUGGUAAAUGAGGUCAGUUGGUUUUUUUUGUGAGCUUUAUUAUAUAUAUGUUUGCUUUCAGGUCACAUGAUCUGCAGGACAGGGUGCUUAUGAUGGUAAUUUACCUCGAUAACGCGUGACAGCGAUGCUGUGUAGAUCUUCCAGCUGUUACACAAAACCGACAGGAGACCAUUAGGCCUCAGUUGACCUAUCAAGGCCUCAGUUGACCUAUCAAGGCCUCAGUUGACCUAUCAAGGCCUCAGUUGACCUAUCAAGGCCUCUGUUGACCUAUCAAGGG